GUGCUUGUGCUUCUAGCUUAAGAAGUAUCAAAUAUUUAUUAUCAAAACCACCAAAAAAUCCAUAUACCGGAAGAAUUACAGUUCUUGUGGUCGGUGGUGUUGCUGAAAUAAUGGAAUCAAUGCCGGGCACAUAUCGUGUCAUUAUAAAAAGAAGAAAAGGAUUUGUGAAACUAGCACUUAAAUACGGUACGGCGUUGGUUCCUGUCCUCUCUUUUGGCGAAACAGAUUUAUACAAUCAAUACAGCCCAGAAGGAUCGACUUUCAGACGCAUACAAAACUAUAUUCGCAGUUUCAUUGGGAUACCACCCCUUGUUAUUUCGGGUAGAGGAUUCUUUCAGUAUUCAUUUGGCCUUAUUCCGAAGAGAUUACCGGUUACCGUAGUUGUUGGUAGUCCCAUCGAAAUACCCAAAAUAGAGGAUCCCACGUCUGAAGAGAUUAAUAAAUAUCACAAUGAAUUCAUAGAACAUUUAAUUAAAUUCUUCAAUACACAAAAGCAUAAUUACAUCAAAAAUGCAGAAAAUGUUACUCUCGAACUCUUAUAA